AUUUAUGGUUUUUAAUAAUUUAUUUACUUCAAAUCCUAUAAAAAUGCAAAAAUGUAAUGGAAAAUUAAUAAAAUAUAUUCAAAGUUAAAGUUAUUGAAUUAUAUUAAUUUAAUCUUAGUAUUCUCGGAAAAUGUUUUACAAAACGUAUUCUUUUGUUUUAAUUUUUGUGUGUUGUAUUUAUUUUAGAGAUGUUUUUGCAAACAUAUUUAUAAAGGACAAUACAGGAACACUAAUUUAUCAUAUGACGGAUGAUAGUUCCAAACAGUUUGGGAAUCUUAAUAUGAGUUUUGUAAAUGUGAAAAAUGUUGUUGCAGAAAUUUAUUUGCGUCAGGAGAAUUAUAAUAGCAGUCAAAAAAAUGAAAAAAAAAUAGAGCUUAAAAUUACGUUCAAUGAAGAUAACAUAAUUUUAAUUUACAAUGAAUACCGUGAAAUUUGCUCAUACAAUGAAAAUGGUACUAUAAGAUUGAGGGAAAUUAUUCAAGAUUUGGGUUAUGAUAUUGAAUUUAAAGUAUUUGAAAACAUUAGGAAAAAUAAGCAUUUAAUACGUGAUGAAACAGCAAAAAAAUAUUUGAUUGAUCGAUCUUUAAAGUAUAUGAUCUUGUUAUCUAUAUAUGCCUUUAAUGCUAUAAUACUUCAAGAUUUUUCAAAAUCAUUUUGGGGACAGCUAUUAGAACUUUUUAAAAAAAUACAAAAAGUUAUGCUUAUAUUGGAUCGCUAUAAUGUUAUACAUGACUCCAUAGACCAAAUGAUACAUGCAAAGAGUAAUAAUCUGUAUGAAUUAAAAGGAUUGGCAGAACAAUGUGCAAAAUAUUUUAUGAAUUAUGAAGAAUUGACAAAAUAUGAUUUUAAAUAUGAAGUUACAGAUUCCUUUCUUUAUGAUAAUCCCAUACUACCACAAGAUUUAAUAAAUAAAUUAUUAAAUGGAUUUCCUAAACAACAAAAUGAAAAUUCAUACAAUUUUCAUGAUAUACCAAAAGAUUUAGAUAAAAUAAUGGAAAAUUUAAAAUUAAUUUUUAGUUUAAUUCACGCAGAAUAUAACGCAAUUGUUUAUUAAAUUUAUAACUUUUCAUAAAUUAUUUGAAUAGGGUAUAAUUUUGGUUUUACAUAGUAAAUAAGUGUGCUAUAAUCUGCUUACAUUAUUUAUGCAAAUUUAAAAUAAUAGCAAAUACAUAUUACCUUCUUUUUAUUGAUUAAAUAUUAAUUAAAAAAUAACUUAUUUACAUAUUGAUAUAAAAUAUACUAUAUUAUAAAUACAUAGU